AUGAGUCAAGGGUACAGAACUUACAAACGAGGAAGAGACAACGUGGAAGGAGAGUACUGCAGGAUAUCUCAAACUUGCCAGAUGACGAUGAUGUUUGGAGGACUUUCGGAUGAUAACCUGGAUGAAGAACGACCACAUAACUAUCCGGAUCUUUUAAACUCUGAUGAAGACGAUGAAGGGGAUUACGAACACAUUUUCCAAUGCAGUAGUCCUGAUAGCACAGACACAGAAGAUGGUGAUAAUGAUAAAUACCAACCUUCUCCAUCACAUCUGCAACAAACGCAUAUCUCCGAACAAGAACCUCCUUCGACCGUACACAUAGUUCCAACACUUCCUGAGAGUGUGAUUACUCAAGAAACUGUUCAACCUUCUCCAACUCUGAAAAAACGAAAGAGAGUGAGUAUGGCAAAAAAGAAAGAAACUGUACCCGAUAAGAUUGUAUACAAUGACGAGGGUGACAUGACUUAUUCGUGCGUGCAUUGUGGUGCUAAAUUUUGGCACUUUCAAAAAUUUAUCAGAAUCUACAACAUGUUGUUCUCUAUGACGUCUCUCGGAGGUAAAACUGAUCAUUCUAUCAAGAAAGGAAAGGGUCCAAACAUGUUUCAGCUUCACGGAGAAAAUUACCACCUAAUUGGAAGUAUGCUUCCAAACCCCGGUGAUUAUGCAAAAUUCUAUCAGAUGUACAUAGUUGAUUCUGAAAAUGAAUUGGACAACAGACUGAAUUUUUUCAGUAAGGGGAAACACGCAUCCAAGCCAGAUAAGAAGAAUAGACUCAGGAAGGACAUCAUUGAUGCGCUGACAAAGAUGCUCGACGAUGUCAACCCCUAUGUCAAGAAUUUCAGGACUGCAAGAGAAAGAUUCAACACUAAUCCUGAAGAUAGUUUUCAUAUGAGGAUAAUUAGUGAUCGUGUUACAGAUGGCAAGCUGCGACGGAUAAGCGAAAUCCAUCCAGCCUACAUACCACUGCAAUAUCCUCUGGGGUUUUCUUAUGGAGAAGAUGGUUUCCGACUUGGAAUUAAGAAAGCCAAUGUUGAAGCUUCUAAGAAGACGAAAAAGGAAAACAUCAGCGUUAGACAGUUUUUUGCGUAUCGUCUAAUGGUUAGACCAAACGAGUCAAAUCACUUGCUACACUCUAGGAGAUUGUUCCAGCAGUAUCUGGUUGAUACCUACACUAUGAUAGAGUCUAACAGAUUAUCCUACUUGAGAUUGAACCAGACAAGUUUGAGGUCUGAUAGCUACGACUCUAUCAAACAAGCGGAAGACCAAGGUGUUAUUGAAAUGGAUGAACAAGGCAAUAAAUUUCUGCUACCUGCGAGUUUCACUGGUGGACCAAGAUACAUGAGGGAGUUGUAUUUUGACGCCAUGGCCAUUUGUAGACAUCAUGGAUUUCCAGAUCUCUUCAUUACUUUUACAUGCAAUCCUAAAUGGACCCGUCUAAGUCCUACUGAUAGAGCUGAACUUAUUACAAGGGAACUCGCAGGGACCCGUUGA